AUGUCUUCAAGAAGAAAACCAUUUAGAAGCUCAAUCAAUAUUGAUAAGAUUGCAUCUAGACGAAGAAAAGAUUUUGAACAUACUCUAAGAGAUUGUGAUGAAUUAUUAAAUUUUAUUGCACGUGGAUAUGUAUAUGCAACUGAAAGUGCUGUUGAUUUAGAAGAAGGUGGAUCUGAGGAUGAGACUAAAUUAAAAAUAGAAAAAGAAUCGAUAGAAAAAAUUAUUGUUAAAUGUGAUUCAGGACAAGAAAUUGACUUAUUGGAUUCUCAUGAAGAAGAAGUAAAAAGAUUAAACAUAAUUUUUGAUAACAAAAGUGAAAAAGAAAAAUAUUUUCAAAAUGAACAUUAUAACGAAUUUAGACAAAAAGUUUGGGAUGUAAAUCAUCAAGAUGAACCUAUGCCACCAUUAGAUGCUGACGCAGAUGACGAUGUUGUAGUUGGUAGACAGAAGGAGUCUUUAAAAUGUCCAAUUACUACCUUGUUAUAUGAAGAGCCAGUCACAAGUAAUGUUUGUAAACAUACAUUCUCAAAAAGUGCAAUUUUACAAUUGAUUUCACGCAAUAAAGAUGUUGUUUGUUGUCCAAUACCUGGUUGCGAUAAACAAAUAAUGACACAUAAUCUUCAACCCAAUAAAAGAAUGGAAAGAAAAGUUGCCAUUGCUAAGAGAGAUGAUCAAAUGGAAGAUUUAGAGAGAUAUAAAGAGAUAGUUGAGGUUUAUGAAGAAGAAGUAUCUCUAGGUCAUAAUUCAUCCUCUAUGUCUAAUAAUAAGCCAUUAGUUUAUACUGAAAGUGCAGAAUCAACUUUACGAAAGAAAAGUUAUGUAAAUAAGCCUGCUGCUAUUGGAUCAAAAAAGAUUGUAUCAUUUUUCACAUUAAUAAUUAAGAUAAGUUCUGAUGAGACUGAGACUACACCUUGUGAAUAUAGUAGCAACAUUUUUCAGAAUGUUUGCAAUCAUGAUCACAUCAUCCCUCAGGCAAAUACUGAUUUAAACCUACCCUUUGAACAAACUGAUUUGCUCUCAGACUAA